AUGGCAGUCCCGCAAGAUGGCUCUGCAUCGACACUGAGCAUUCCGCCUCGCAGCUCGUCCCUUGCAGGAGCAGGAGAUGCGACCAGAUUGGAGCAGCACAGUCGUUCUGAACAAUUUUUCGAUUCAGCGUACAUCACCUGGCCUGCACCCAGAUCCCGGUACCUACCUCCAAGACGCUCCUCUCACGACGACGUUGAACCCUUUCCAGAUUUUCAAGAUCCUUCUACCAGUCUCAUCAUUGCACGGACCCUCCUGCUCGACCAUCUCUAUUCGUUCCAACGUCGAGCUGUGCCCGGGACACCGUUCCAAAGCCUGCAUUCGCGCAUUGUACCAUCCAGUGGACACAUCAAAGAGGGAGAAGAUUUGACUCGAUGCCGAGCCUCGGUUGAGAAGGUCCUCGGUGCUGGACAGGCGCUGCGUGCCCGGCGCAUGCAAGGCAGUUACGGAAAACCGGCCCGUCUCAGAGGAACCGAUCCUAACAUGUGUUUCGGUAAGAAGGAAGCCGAGCCAAAGCAGCUGAUGAAGAUGAAGCUGAAAACAAAGGUCAAGAACGGGAUUGCCGAAGCUUUGAGGAUUGAACGAGCCUUCAGUAGGAGAGCCAUCAACGGUGAAGGCCAAGACCAUGGAGCAGGGGAAGAACGAGGUCGGUCCGCUCACCGCAAGCAUCGCCGAGCUCGAGCCGCCACGCCUGCAGCACACACACCGAAGACGGUGAUGAAAACCCUGAUGAUGCUGCGAGAGACAUAUCCGUUGUACUACAAGUCCCAAGCCCUGCCAGUGGCGGCCAGCUUGGACAGCAAAGAUCAGCCAGCGCGGAAGAGUGCAGAGGACGAGCAGCAGCCGACGGGUUUAGGAGUCACUUUGGUACCCUCUCUUGGUCAUGCGGAUUCUCAGCCGGUGUUGGGGUCUGGCCGAGAACAUCUUCCUGCAUUGCCAUGCCGCUCGCACAAGCCGCUCCGCACGGCGGCGUCGAUGACCUCCCUCAAGUCAGCAAAGCAGACAACCAAAGCUCUGUUGCGGCGCGCAGCUGCGAAGGUCGGGGUCUGCCGCUCAUCUGCUUCGAGAUGGGAAGAAGGGACCGCGAGCUGGGAUAUGAAGAGUGAGGAGGACAAGACUGUCGAUCUUGGCCGGGGCAAGCACACGGUACAUUCAGAAUUGGAGAACCGACCGCAGAGACGCCAUCCGAGACGAGGCGACCAUCAACAGGCCCAGGUCCGAACGAGGGCAGACUCGGCUCAAAGCGACACGGUCGCUAUUUCGUUAUCGAACGAGGAGCUGUGCAUCUAG